AUGACAAAUGAUCAAGUUGUUAUGAGUUUUGAAGCACUGCGUUCACCCUCAAACCUGCCACUACUCCCAGCAGUUCCAAUCAAUCCGGAGAAUACAGUCACAGUGCAUGUGCGUGACUACAACGGCAUCGCCCAGCCCGUGGUAGUUCCAGUCGGAUCAACUUUGAGUGAAUUAUUAAAUGCCGCCUUCAGAAAGGCUUCGUUCGGAAGAGGAGCCAUUCUUGGCCUUGAAGAUGACAACUUACAGCUAUAUCAGUGUGUGACGGCAGUUGAUGCCACUAGAUGGACGGCCGACCAGCCACUUCAAGUGAAGUACAAGAGACCGAGCUGUUGUGAAAAAAUGGGAGAAUUUGCAGAUCAUUACAUGGGAUGGGUCGUAGCCUUUAUAAUGUUAUUGCAGCUUUAUGCUGCUCAUCGUGGAUAA